AUGUCCUUUCCCCGGUGUGCGCUGCUGUGGGCCCGGCUCCCGGCGGGGCGCCGCGCCGGCCACCGGGCGGCCGUCUGCUCCGCCCUCCGCGCGCACCCCGGGCCCGUCCCCGGGCCUCUGGGGCGCACGCCCGCCGUUGCCUCCUCUUCUGCGUCCGGGGGUUCCAAAGCCCCAAACACGUCCCUGUUUGUGCCGCUGUCUGUGAAGCCUCAGGGCCCCAGCGCGGACGGCGAUGUGGGCGCGGAGCUGACCCGCCCCCUGGACAAGAAUGAAGUAAAGAAGAUCUUAGACCAGUUUUACAAGAGGAAAGAAAUUCAGAAACUGGGUGCUGAUUAUGGACUUGAUGCUCGUCUCUUCCACCAAGCUUUCAUAAGCUUUAGAAAUUAUAUCCUGCAGUCUCAUUCCUUGGAUGUGGACAUUCACAUUAUUUUGAAUGAUAUUUGCUUCAGUGCAGCUCAUGUGGAUGAUUUAUUUCCGUUUUUCUUGAGACACGCAAAACAGAUAUUUCCUGUGUUGGAAUGUAAGGAAGAUCUACGUAAAAUCAGUGACUUAAGAAUACCACCUAAUUGGUACCCAGAGGCCAGAGCCAUACAGCGGAAGAUAAUAUUCCAUUCAGGCCCCACAAACAGUGGAAAGACUUACCAUGCAAUCCAGAAAUACUUGUCAGCGAAAUCUGGAGUGUAUUGCGGUCCUUUAAAAUUAUUGGCACAUGAGAUCUUCGAAAAGAGUAAUGCUGAGGGUGUGCCAUGUGACUUGGUGACAGGUGAAGAGCGUGUGUCAAUAGAGACAAAUGGGAAACAGGCUACCCAUGUUGCUUGUACUGUGGAGAUGAGCAGUGUUACAACUCCUUAUGAAGUGGCUGUGAUCGACGAAAUUCAGAUGAUUAAAGACCCAGCCAGAGGAUGGGCCUGGACCAGAGCACUUCUAGGACUCUGUGCUGAAGAGGUUCAUUUAUGUGGAGAAGCUGCUGCUAUUGACCUGGUUACUGAGCUUUUGUACACGACAGGGGAGGAAGUAGAGGUUCGAAACUAUACGAGGCUUACCCCCAUUUCUGUGCUGGAUCAUGCAUUGGAAUCUUUAGACAACCUUCGGCCUGGGGACUGCAUUGUCUGUUUUAGCAAGAAUGAUAUUUAUUCUGUGAGUCGACAGAUUGAAAUUCGGGGACUGGAAUCAGCUGUUAUAUAUGGCAGUCUCCCACCUGGAACCAAACUUGCUCAAGCAAAAAAGUUUAAUGAUCCUGAUGAUCCAUGCAAAAUCCUGGUCGCUACAGAUGCAAUUGGCAUGGGACUUAAUUUGAACAUAAGAAGAAUUAUUUUUUAUUCCCUUAUAAAGCCCAGUAUCAAUGAAAAGGGAGAGAAGGAAAUAGAACCAAUCACCACUUCGCAAGCCUUGCAGAUUGCUGGCAGAGCUGGCAGGUUCAGUUCGAAAUACAAAGAAGGAGAGGUUACAACAAUGAAUCGAGAAGACCUCCGUUUAUUAAAGGAAAUUUUGAAUAAGCCUGUUGAACCUAUACAGGCAGCUGGUCUUCAUCCAACAGCUGAACAGAUUGAAAUGUUUGCCUACCAUCUCCCUGAUACGACACUUUCUAAUCUCAUUGAUAUUUUUGUAGACUUUUCACAAGUUGAUGGGCAGUAUUUUGUCUGCAAUCUGGAUGAUUUUAAGUUUUCUGCAGAGCUGAUCCAGCAUAUUCCAUUGAGCCUGCGAGUGAGGUAUGUGUUCUGCACAGCCCCUAUCAACAAGAAGCAGCCUUUCGUCUGCUCCUCCCUGUUACAGUUUGCCAGGCAGUACAGCAGGAACGAGCCCUUGACCUUUGCUUGGUUGCGCCGAUAUAUUAAAUGGCCAUUAAAUCCACCUAAUAAUAUUAAAGACCUCAUGGAUCUUGAAGCUGUCCAUGAUGUCUUGGAUCUUUACCUGUGGCUAAGCUACCGGUUUAUAGAUAUGUUUCCCGAUGCCAACCUUGUUCGAGACCUGCAGAAAGAGCUAGAUGGCAUUAUCCAAGAGGGUGUACACAACAUCACCAAACUGAUUAAGAUUUCAGAGGCACAAAGGCUGUUGCAUUUGGAGAACAUGCCAGCAGACAGCCGGUCUCGUUCGCCAGGAACAUCGAAGAGCCAAGCAAGAAGGAUGCGCGGUACCAAAACUUUAGGGUUUAAAGCUGCUGAGCCGCCCCGCCCCGGUGCGGAAGAGAAGUCCCUGGCUUCCAGGUUGGUGCAGCAAGGACUCCUCACUGCAGACAUGCUCAGGCAGCUGGAGAAGGAGUGGCUCACACAGCGGACUGAGCACGGCAAAGACAAAGCCGAGCCUGGGACUACCUCCAAAGGGUCAAGAAGGAAGAAGAAGGAACCUGAUUCAGAUUAG